AUGCCGACCGAGUCUGAGAUGCGGUCUCGUCGAGACUCUUGGCCACCUACCCAGAUGCGCCUCAAGCCUACCCUCUCUACCAAGAACCGACCACUUCCAUCUCUUGAUGAUAUCGAUGAUGACCCUCUUACCUACUUUCUUACACCAGCUCCUCUUCUUGACGACGAUGAUAUGGACGACGUCUUGCUAGACUUUGAUGCUGGUAUUGAGGAUGCCAGUUCUCCUCGACCCUUUGUCCGGAGUGUAAGUCCAUCAACACUCGAUGGACUCCGCAAGCCUGGUCUACGUCCCAUGUCACCUGAUACCAGCUCUGAGAUCUCAGAGUCCAACAACGAGGAUGAUUAUGAUGACGAUGAUGAGGACUAUGUCAGCUUCUCACCCAGCAAGCAUGGAGGACUCCUCUCUCUUAGGGACCUCUUUGCCAAUAGCCGACCACCAGUCCGAUCCAAGAGCCCUGCUUUCAACCAGUCGACCAAUAACUCUCUCCUCUCACCUACUGCCCUCUCGAGCAGCCCAAAGCUACGUGGUCGAUCCAGGGGACGUGGACGCCACGGAGCCAGCUCUCGAGGGCAAUCAGCAACACGCCGCCCAGGACAACUAUGGCGGGAACCAAGCCCCGAUGUGUGGUCUAUUGAGGAAGAGACGGAGGAGGAGAUGAUGAGUGAGGUUGGAAGCAGUGUUGGUGCCCGCAGUGACACCAGCGAUGAUGAGGAUGAGAGUAAGAGGCGAAAGGGGAAGAAGGCCAAGUCGAACAAGAAGGUUCGCUUCGUCUUGCCUGCUGAGGAAGUCUAA